AUGCGCGAUUCUCCGCGAGAGAGAGACGAGAAACGGAAAAGGAUAGUCAAGUGGAUUUUUCAAUAUCUUCCAGGGAAGAAUCGUCGAUAGGAAAACUCUUUAGAUUACUUUAUUAGAUCAUUCUUGUGGAACUUUGUCACAGUUACUAACUCCUCACUUGUUGUGUUCGUAUCCAGUCUUCUCACGGUCUGGUUGAAAUUGUGGUCGAAUGGAUGGCCAAACGUGAACAUGCGUUUGUGGCUAUUUUACACAUAAUGGCACCAGAAUAUCCAUCCAUGUAAUUAUUAAAACAUGGAUGCUAUUUUGGACUGCAUUGAUGAAAUAGCAUUGGAUGGUUUAGAUGGUUGUCCCAUACAGGAGUUAUGGAAGCACCUAAAGGAAAGAGGACCACCAUUUUCUUUACCACUUGAUGACAGUACAAAGCAGUUCCUAUGGAAGGGAAUCAUAAAAUUCCAAGAGGUUGACUUUUUUGCCCUUCCAGAGCCUUUUCCUCACAUAUUUGGCAGUAGACAAGAACAGGGGAGUAAAGAUAAGGAUACAAACCCUGAGCAAAAAAGCUCUCUUGAUCAGUUUCCAGGACCACUCAGAUUCAGUAGUGAGUUUAAGCUGAUUUCUGACCAAGAAAGUGGAAUAAAGGGUUCCUGUCCUAGUUAUCAUAUGCGCAAAAAUAUAUCGGAGGAGAUUAGAGGUUCUUCAGAUGGAGAUUUUCUAGACUUAAAGACUGCUUAUGAAAGAUGGGGAGACUGUCUUGUUAUGGUUGCCUCUCAGGAUGUGAGGGAAAAAGCCAUUUUUGGAUUGGAUUGUGAUCCUUAUCUGUCAUUGUCAGAUAUACAGUUCUGUUUGUUGGAGCAUAUUGGACAAGCAAGAUACAGUGGACGCAUGCAGAAAUCCAUCAGCUCUAAUUUCUUUAAGGUUGAAUCAAGGACAACUUUUCACCAUCUGAAACUUUUACGCAAAGCUCAUUUAGUAACUAUGCAGACUGAAUUAAGGAAAAAGGGCUUAAGGAAAGUGCGGCAGUUUCUAGUACAGGCAGGAUAUGCUGUAGAAGAAAAAAUUGGAGCAUUUCCUGUUGGAGCAGAUGGCAAUGACUGCAGUCCACCAAAGAAGAAGAAAAGGAAAAAGGAAAAGUCAUCUGCAAUUCCUAAUGUUUCCACAAUGAAAAUGCGACUUCUCAAGCCUUUUAUUCUGAAAACCAGCAACAUUCAGAAGCCAGAUGGUGAGGAAAAUGAUGAAGAAGAUAAUGACGAAAAUGAUGAUGAUGAUGAUGGUGAUGAUGAUGAAGAUAAGGAUCAGGAUGUUGAAGGUGACUCUUUGCAGAGUGAUGAUUAUGACUCAAUUAUUAUUGCUGAGCGGCCUAUGAUAACUCAGGCUUACAGGAUUAUUGAACAGGCAGGACCACAUGGAUUGACUCUGUCACAAUAUUGUAAAGCUUGCAAGCUUCCCUUUGCUGAUGUUAGAGUUUUUAUUAAGAAUUUAAAGAAGAGGAAUUUAGUCCAUGAGGUUCAUCAGGCUGUAAAAAAGCAAACAGUUGCCUGGUUUGUGGCAGCUCCAUUUGUGGACAGCAAUGCACAAGCAGUAAAAGUAAAGCAAAUCAAGGAUGAACUAAAAAAAAUGGAGACCAAAGCUGCAGAUGUGAGCAUCACAACAGCUCUUGACCUGAUUGAAAAUGUGCCAAAACCAAGGAUUAGUGGAGCUGGUGUGGAGGAGAGAGUAACUUAUAGAAAACUGAAGAGAAGAGCUGUCAUAUUGGAAUACUUGGGAAAGAUGAAAGUGGUUGAAGGAACUUCUCCAAUUCUAAAGACUGUGACAACAAGUGAAGAAGAAGAAGGACAUCAAGGCCGUAUAGAUAGAAAGGUGCUCAACAGGAUUCUUGAUGAUCUCUGUGCUCAAGGUUUGAUCAAACUGCUCACAACUGUGGUGCAACAUGGAACUCUUUCACAAACGGUGGACCUGUUCUUACACUCAUCUGUCAGUAAUAAUGAUUCUGAAGUAGCGGCUAUAUUGGAACAGUGUCGUGUUAGACUCAAAGAUCAGAUGUUUAAAGAGGCAGAGAAAAAAGAAAAAGCUAAGCAUAUUGCAGAAGAAAAAGAAAGGAAAAAACUGGAAAAAGCAGCAUCUGCUGCAGAAGAAAAGCAGAGGAAGAAAAUUGAAAAAGAUGCAUUAAAGAAAGCACAACAGCUUCAGGAAAAGGGUGACUCAAAGGAAGACAGUACGCCAAUAAAACCUCAGUACACGGUUUCAACUCAAAAGUAUGGUCAUUUGCCUAGAUUUCCAAGACUACAGUUGAUUCAUGAGCUAUUGUGGCAGCUUGUGUAUGGCGAAAUUUCAUCAAACACAAUCGAUGUGAAUGAGCCUAAACCCAGUGGCACUCAAGAAGAAGCGUUAUUUGAGAGUGAUGAUCCAACAGCAACAGAGAAUAAGGAUUAUGAGUGGAUUAAACACUUAAAACCAAUGUGUAAAGUGUUUGAUGAGGCAGGAGAGCCUCUAGAAGGCUGGUUUCGUUUGGCUGAUGUUAUGCCAGUGAUGCCUUUAAACGUACUCUGCAAAACAAUCGAUAUAACUGAGGAGAUUGAAGGUUUUGAUGAAUAUGCAUUUGAUCCAGUGAAAAAGUAUACGCUUUUUUGUGAUCUUCCUCAGCAAUUAAGAGUCAAACUCAAGGAAACUCGGCGGUACCAUCCAGCACCACUUGAACUACUCUUGUGCCUUUGCCAAAUGGGUUUAGUCACGCCUGCUAAGCCAUUUCCUCAUAAUUUUUACCAUAUAAGAAUAUUCUUACAUAAAGGCACAAGAAUAUUGGAUACCACAACAUCUAUAACGAACUACAAGACUGCGCUUCCACCACAAGGCCAAUCAUUUGUGUCACGUUGUCACAUGUUCUCGAACGCAGUGGCUGUCAAGAAUUUCUGGACUGACUUGAAAUGUGUAUGUCUUAAUACACCUUUAGGAGUGGUCAAGAUCGAUGAAGGAGCUCCGGACCAAGAAAUGUCUUCAAUGAAGAACAAAAGACUUAUCCACUUUGCUCAAGAAGAAGUAAAUGAAGACAAAGUAGAUUUCCCUCCUGGAGAUCAGCUUGGUGCUGCUGGUCUGGACAGGUGUUUUUUCAGUCAUUUCAAGAGGAACUGGACACGAGUAAUGACAGCAUCGACCCGGAAAAGAUCAAAAGUAUCAGAGGGUGCGGAAAGCGAUGGGAGUGUUCAGAAUAAGGAUAGUGCUGGUAAUCGAGGAGGAAAAACUUUCUGGAGCAUUGGAAAACCUGAAAUGAAACAGCAAGCGCACAAAGAAAAGAUUAAACAACAGAAAAAGAAGCGUAAAAGGAAAACAGAAGAAUCACAAGAGAAUGAGAAAGAAGUUGCCGGUGUAAAGAAGAUGAGAACUGUAAACUCUGCCGAAAAGAAGCAAGCUGGAAAUGGUCGAGAGAAGACAAAAAAGACAGAAGAACAUUCCUGUAAAACAGGCCAUCUAAAUGCGAUUGAUGACGAAGACAGGAACAUCUUGGCCAAGAAAGUAAACGAGAGAAUCUCAUUUUCCAAUGAAGAGGACAGUUGGCUACUGCUGUUUCGAGUUGCUCUUGGAAUGGUGAAGAGCGAAACAUCGAGGUACAAUCCUUUUGUCUGCAUGAGGAACAUAUUACACAAAGAAUGUGCGUCUAGCUUUGACAAGACGGCUCCCAAUAUUCGGCGCAGAAUUUCAAAACUGAUGAAGUGUCCUCAGUCACAGAUGACUGUAAAGAUAUGUUUAGCGGAGUGUACACAUGAUGAGUCUUUCAAAGGACUUGAAGAUUCAGAUGCUGAUUUCGAGGAAGUGUUUCAGGAAGUUGUAAAAAGAUUAAGGCACAAGUUCAGCUCUUCCAGUUUAGUUUGUGAUGGAAACGUUACGCUGGUUUCCUCUCUCAAAGAACUUUAUGACAAGUACAGAGUACAAGUCAUGGCCUCGAAGCAGUUUCAGAUAUUUUCCCCCGAUGUCAGUAUUUUGUCACUAGGACCUGGUAUCAAGUGUGUCAGUGAUAUAAACAAGGCUGCCAUUAGAGAUCAGAUUCAGAUCGCCUUCACAACACCUCAAGAAUCAUACGAUGCUUACAGAGUUUUUCAGAUGUUUAACUCUUAUUCAAGGGAAGAGCUUGAAGAUGUGUUUAAAGAGAUGCAAAAAAAGAAUCUGGUCAAUAGAAAGAAAUCGAUUGAAAACCCUGGCGUUCAGUUCAUACGUGCAUUGCCAUUUGCUGCAAUGACGUUUCAGCUUAGUUCUGUGUAUCAUCGAUUUUUCAUGCAUGGGUUUAAAUUUGUGACGUUCUACAGAGACUGCGCUCACUUUUGGAAACAGCUUAUAAAAGGAGAACAGCACAAAUUUAAUAAACCCGAAGACAGUGACACCAGGAUGGAGCAAAGAACAGCUUCUCUUACCCCCGGUACAAUAGUAUUCAAACAGUCACGAGCGCUCGGCGGACAUGUAGCUUGUAUUCUUUCUCUUCUUACUACAGACAAGUUAUCUGUUGAUGUGAGCAUUCCCGAAGAGGUGUUGAACUGCGACUCGACGGAGUUAUCAGAAAGCACGGAGCAACAGACAAGUGAAGCCACUGGUGGAAGUGAUGCACCACUGUCUGAGGACAACACUUCAUUAGGUAAAGAUAGGGUAAAGAGUGUGCGUCCAUCAUUGGCGAAGACACAAACUUCCGAUAAUGCUGGAUUAACAGAGAAGAAUCGGGUGUCUCCCGUCCAGGGUGUCAUGUCAAGCAAGAGUAGUAAGACGGUUGAGUCAGCCCCAGCAGUAAAGCAGACAGCGUCAUCUUCCAAAGCAAAAUCCUCAGAGAAAAGUACAAAGGGAAAAGGACUUGAAAAACGAGAAAUUUUUACCUUGAAGAUAUCGUCAUCAUCAACUUCAUGUAGCUUCACAACUCCAUAUGAUCUGACAGCUGCGAAAGACUCGAGUGAUUACUUGACAAGUUACACCGAGGAAUGUGAGGGGCAAUCCACCGAUAGACAGAGCAGUAAAGUAUCUACUGUGCCAGUGGCAUCUCUAUCCUUCAGCGGGACAUCUCGCUCAUCAAGAACUGCACUAAUGUUGGCCCGUGGUGGAAAGGACCCAUAUACGUCCCUUAAUCAGCUCCCAGCCAGGGCCGUUAACACCCACGACUUUAUGACUUUGAAUCCGUGUAAAAAUGUGUUGAAAUUGAAAAAAGACAUUGUUGCAAACUUAACAGCUGAUAACCAUCAGGAGAAUCAUAACAAGGCUAAAUACUCCUCUGACCACAGACCCAGUGCUUUCGCAACUUCUUUUGACAAAGGAUCAUCAGAUUAUAGAACUUAUCCUGUGAUGAUUUCCGCGGAGAUUUCAAUAGAAGAUUAUAUAAAGCUCAGUAGGGAAGAUUUUGGCUUCACUGAAAUGGAUUUUCCACUUACAAGAAUCAUUCACUAGGUUGUUGAAGAGAAAAGAGAAAUUGGUGUCACUAUGGCAGAGUUACAGACGAGGCUCGAGGAGAACCACAAACAUGAACUUACUUCAUCGCAAUAUUCUCUCGCAAAACACGUGGAGCACAUGUGUAAAGGAAAA